AUUAUCGUGCUCUGAUUGGUUGGUUUGCACGUCAAUCACUCUCACCAGAGGUCAGAAAAGUAUCUACUGCUCAACUUGUAAUGUAUCCACUUCCAUCGCUGUUACAGCAUGACAACCAUCCUCAAGAAGCCAAAUAAAGGCGUGAAGCAUGCUGAAAACUAGAGCCGUCCUGUGAGCCAAAGGUCACCAUGGAGACAGACGAAGCACCUGCGCAGCCUAAUGACGACAAAGCAGAGACCUGCACCGUAUCCGUCAAAGGUCUGACAGAGAACUGGCAGAAAUGGUCCAAUGACCACUGCGAGUAUCAGAAACACAAUCCCUUCAGCAACAGCAAGGUGAUUCCCCCGCAGAUCCAGCGAGGACAGGAGGGCUACGGCAGGCCCUUAGAGGGCUCCAAAACAGAGCAGAGAGGAAGAGACGCCCACUCUCACAUCAGCAGAGAGGUCACAGAGCUCUGCCUGGUCAUUAGGGAGAUCGGAGAGACCAGGGACGAUGGCAGGGUGUCUGUGCGGUUCGGAAAGCUGUUUGAGAGAUACGUCACUAUCUCUAAUAAACUAGUGGGAGUUCUGCUGCGAGCACGCAAGCAAGGGCUGGUGCACUUUGAAGGAGAGAUGCUGUGGCAGGGGAGAGAUGAUGGAGAGCUCAUCACCUUGUUACAGUGAUUUACAACAGUGCUGGACACCAUGUGCCUGCCUGUCCAACUUUGCUUUAUAGACAUCCAUUUUACUUGAACAUGGGUUAGGAGUCAGUGUUAUUUUUUAAGUACCACCAAACAGAAUUGGAAAAAUAAUGAUUUCAAACAGGAUUCAAAACAGUCUUGUCUGUCAUUGGUCAACCAGAUAGGUAGUCCUGCCCCCUCUCAUACCAUUUGUUAAGUCAAUGUUGCUUUUAGGGGCUGCUAAAAAACAGAGCAACAACACUUUUCAUGUGUUCCUGCUUAAAAACACCUUAAACCAGUCGGAAAAUGGUUUGCUGGUCUUAGUUGGUCUACCAGCCUAGUUAGGUUGGUCUGUUUACUGGUUUUAGAGGUACUUCAAAGAAAUAGUUCACCUAAAAAUGAAAAUUUGCUCAGGCCAUCCAAGAUGUAGAUGAGUUUGUUUCUUCACCAAAACACAUUUGGAGAAAUGUUGUAUUACAUCCCUUGCUCACUGAUGAAUCCUUUGCAGUGAAUGGGUGCCGUCAGAGUG